CCUUUCCUUGCCUGUGGCAACUGACAGCACCUCCCAGCCGUGCAGGCCGGCCGCCCGCUCCCCCAGCCAGUCGGUGGGUCUGGGCACUGCAGCAGCUCGGCUCUGUCCCAGCGCUUGUCUGGGAGAAAAGUGGUGGACUCGCCCAGAGAGACUCUCUCUUUCCACCUUCCUUCUUUCUCGAUCGCUCUGCGUGCUUUUGUGUUUCCUUCGUUUUUUUUCCUUUUUUUUUUCUUCAAUUAUAUUCCUAAUCCUGGAUGAAGUUGCUGGAUUCCGCAGCACGAGUCUUCAUGAGCAAGCAGCACCUCUCAGAGAUUACACGGCAUUCAAAGGUCACAGAACUGCCACUAUGGUUAAAUGUCUUGUUUAAUGGUUGAGAGGUGUGGCGAAAUCUUGUUUGAAAACCCUGAACAGAAUGUCAAAUGUGUUUGCAUGCUAGGAGAUGUACGACUGAGGGGUCAGACGGGGGUGCCUGCUGAACGCCGUGGCUCCUACCCGUUCAUUGACUUCCGCCCGCUCAACAAUACAACACACUCAGGGGAAAUUGGCACCAAGAAAAAGGUGAAAAGACUGUUAAGCUUUCAAAGAUACUUCCAUGCAUCGAGGCUGCUUCGUGGGAUUGUACCACAAGCCCCUCUCCACCUGCUGGAUGAAGACUACCUGGGACAGGCAAGGCACAUGCUCUCCAAAGUGGGAAUGUGGGAUUUUGACAUUUUCUUGUUUGAUCGCUUGACAAACGGAAACAGCCUAGUGACGCUGCUCUGCCACCUCUUCAGCACCCAUGGGCUCAUUCACCACUUCAAGUUAGACAUGGUGACCUUACACAGGUUUUUAGUCAUGGUUCAAGAAGAUUACCACAGCCAAAAUCCAUAUCACAACGCUGUCCACGCAGCCGACGUCACCCAGGCCAUGCACUGCUAUCUGAAGGAGCCAAAGCUCGCCAGCUUCCUCACGCCUCUGGACAUCAUGCUGGGGCUGCUGGCUGCAGCAGCACACGACGUUGACCACCCAGGGGUGAACCAGCCAUUUUUGAUCAAAACUAACCACCACCUCGCCAACCUGUAUCAGAACAUGUCUGUGCUGGAGAAUCACCACUGGCGAUCGACAAUCGGCAUGCUUCGAGAAUCAAGGCUUCUUGCUCACUUGCCGAAGGAAAUGACACAGGAUAUCGAACAGCAGCUGGGCUCCCUGAUCUUGGCAACAGACAUUAACAGGCAGAACGAGUUCCUGGCCCGACUGAGAACUCACCUCCACAAUAAAGAUCUGAGGCUGGAGGAUGGACGCGACAGGCACUUUAUGCUCCAGAUUGCCCUGAAGUGUGCUGACAUCUGCAACCCUUGCAGAGUCUGGGAGAUGAGCAAGCAGUGGAGCGAAAGAGUCUGCGAGGAAUUCUACAGGCAAGGUGACCUUGAACAGAAAUUUGAACUGGAAAUCAGUCCUCUUUGUAAUCAACAGAAAGAUUCGAUCCCUAGUAUACAAAUUGGUUUCAUGACCUACAUCGUGGAGCCCCUGUUCCGGGAAUGGGCCCGCUUCACGGGAAACAGCGCCCUGUCAGAGAACAUGCUAAGCCAUCUCGCACACAACAAAGCCCAGUGGAAGAGCCUGUUGCCCAAGCCGCACAGAGGCGGCAGCGGAGGCGGCCCGGACCUCGCAGGCCAGGGGGCUGAGAAGGAGGAGCAGACUGGGACCAGAGGGGACACCCCCUAGUGCCAGCCAGGCCUGCCCCCUGCUCUGCACACCGAGAGGCUGGGCACCUCCUCGAGCAGAGGCCUCCAGGGAGGGGAGAAGCCCUGAGGGGUUCCUGCCACCAGCCCAGCCGCUCUCUGGGUCUCCCCCGGGGGCUCUUUGUGACGCCACCCUCCUCAUCCUCACCUGCCUCCCUCCUUUGUCCAAGUGUACAGAAGCCAUCCGCCACCUCAGUCGUCACCUCAGCAUUAGCUGCCGAAAGGAGCAACUGCAUCCAGCCACGUGGGAGCUGAGUCCAGGAGCAGCUCGCCCUGCGAGGAGGGGAUCGGGAAGUGGGAGGGAGGUGCUUCUGCCGUGUCCCCAGGGCCUGGGUCACACAGGACGGGCAGCAGCUCCUCAGUCUGGAGCACCUUCACGUUUGCCGUCUGACUGCUGAUCUGCGUGACAAAAACACCAGCAUAUUUGGAACUCCAAGGAUAUUGGUCUUAAGUGCCAGCGCACAGAUGAGAGUGUGAGAGAAAGUAACUUCUAUUUUAAUAAUAAUUAUUAUGAUAAAAAUAAUAAUAAAUCUUUUUAACUUU